CUUUCUCUCCACCCCGGCCAGCCAGGAGCCACGUCACCGUCACCCAGCGCUGGCUUCGGGGCUGCUCUGCCUGGAGAGCUCUCCGGGACACAAACUCCAAACUUUCAGCCCGAAGCAGAGAGGAAGGCCCUGGGCCGGGAGAGGGAGAAUCCACCACGGUGGAAAAGUAAACAAGGGAGACAUCCAGCCUGGCAGGGGAAAGGCAUCUGCAGCCCCGGGAGAGGGGAGACUGAACUUUGCGCUAAAGAAGGAAGGGCUCCGUGCUCAGGGAAAAAGGAAAGUUGGACCGAAGGAGACCGUUCAUUCAGACGAGGCUCGGUGGAGAAAAACUCCCCGCCCUCGCCCUCCCUGCCUGCAGAAAGAGUCCCACUCCCUUCACCCUAGAGGAGUUUCCCCGGCACCAUGAACAUCUUCCGCAUCCUGGGGGAUGUCUCCCACUUGCUGGCCAUCAUUAUUCUCCUGCUGAAGAUCGUGAAGUCCAAGUCCUGUGCUGGAAUCUCUGGGAAGAGUCAGAUACUUUUUGCCCUCGUCUUCACAACCCGCUACCUGGACCUGUUCACAAAUUUCAUCUCUGUCUAUAACACUGUGAUGAAGGUUAUUUUUUUGAUUUGUGCCUAUGUCACCGUGUAUAUGAUCUACGUGAAAUUCCGGAAAACGUUUGACAGCGAGAAUGACUCCUUUCGCCUCGAGUUCCUGCUGGUCCCUGUCACAGGCUUGUCAUUUCUGGAGAACCACAGCUUCACCCCCUUGGAGAUCCUCUGGACCUUCUCCAUCUAUCUGGAGUCCGUGGCUAUCCUUCCUCAGCUCUUCAUGAUCAGCAAGACAGGGGAAGCAGAGACCAUCACGACACACUACCUUUUCUUCCUGGGCCUCUACCGUGCUCUCUACAUUGCCAACUGGGUCUGGCGCUACCACACAGAGAAUUUCUAUGACCAGAUCGCUGUCGUUUCUGGGGUGGUACAAACCAUCUUCUACUGUGACUUCUUCUAUCUCUACGUCACCAAAGUCCUAAAAGGAAAGAAGCUAAGUCUUCCCAUGCCUGUUUGAAGACAUCCCACAGGCAGCACAAGAAAUUCCAAAGAUGAAGCUGUUUAAGAUCACAGCUUUCCUUCCCUGGCCCUUUUUGACUAACGGAUGGCUCAGCUGAGUUUCAACCCAGUGCCAGGAAGACAAGGCUUGGAAAACUGAAAUGCUUUCGAUCCAUCAGACUCUUCCCCUCCAUUUUUUUAUUUCUUCUCACUUGAAUUUGGUGCUAGUGCUGGCCAACACUGAAGUAGUGCAAUUUCUUCUCUCCCAGCUCUUCCCAGCAUCUACAUCCAAAACACAUCUCCCCCCUGUCCCUGAGGCAGCACAAGGGAAAAUGUCACUCCCUUUAGUCCUUCAGCAAGUGCCCAUGGUAAAGGGAACAUGUGCUAAUAAAGUCUGUUAACUGACCCAUUUCACAGGUGACCAUGUCUGACACAGCAGCUGCUACAAACUGUUACUUUAACUGUAUGAACUAACCUCCUCUUGAAAAUUAAUUCUGCCUGACCCUCUCUCCAUUCCAGCCCUGUAACAUCGAAGAAAAACACAUUGCCCUUUAAAUAACAUGAAUCUUCUAAUUCCACAAGUAUUCAAACAUCUUCCCCGCUCACUUAUUUUCAGUUUCCCUGUAUUCUACAACAGGGACGAUUUCAAACAAAAUUCAGUGGGUUGCCAAGAAGUAUUUCCAUCUCCUUGAAUUUGACUUUUGAGAACUGGGAAGAACAGGGGCAAAGACAGCUUUAUACUCCAAAAAUAAAGACAAAGUUCACAAUUUAUUGACAACAGUGUUUUUAUUUAUACCUACAAAAGAAAACAAGAUGGUAUCAAAAGGACAAUUUACAAACUAAGAAUAGUAACAUAGCUCUUAGUAUCCUGUGCCUGAACACCACAGAUCUAUGAAUCUCUCAAUUCAAGUCUUCAUUAAUACAACAGGAAUGUGUUCAGAGAUCAGCAGGUGUGUGAAACAAGAUGCUGAUCCCACACAAAGCUAGUAACCCUUCCAUUGUUCAGAGAAAUCCAAACAGUAAAUUGCUUCAGGAAGUGGGAGGGGAGGAGACACCCAGCUCAGAUAUCUGACACUCCCACAAACUUUUUACAGAUUGAAAACAAUGCAAACAACACUAGAGGUUAAUGCUUUAUCAACAAGAGCCCUCUGGCUGGUACAUGGAGCAGAGCAGAGAGCACCAGGUGGGACAGGGGCAGCACAUGCCACGGUGCAUUCAGCGGUCUGGUUGACACUCUGAACCGAGACCCUGGACUUCAGCUGACCUCAAUGGCAAUAAAGCACUACAAGACUUGGCAUCGAUGUUUAAAAUGCACAAGUCACCCCCCAAAAAAGCUGAAACAGACUAUAAGGUAGCUUUGGCAGUCCAGAGACCCUUUUUAAAGUUGGCCAGUGAGAUGCUCUACUCCUACACCCCUCAAAUGCAUUCUACUCUCAAAUCUAAAACAAAAAAAACCCCCAACUCUGCAUUUGCUUGCAAGGGAGGCCAAAGACCUAUCAGUCAUGCCUAGAUAAACAAAAUGUUUCUGGCUUUCACUUAACACAAGCAAAGGAACUUCCUGCCCAUACACUGGAAAUAUAAAAUGGAACCAGGGAACUAAGGUUCUGGAAGGAAUCUCCCUUCUCCCUGUCAGCAACCUACCUGUGUACUGCACAAAGGAGAAAAAAAAAAAAAGAAAGAAAAAAAAAAAAGAAAAAAAGCACAUCCAUCCCCCAAAAUGUUACUCUGGGAAGAAAGCAAAUUUUUAAAGAAAUAAUUUCUGUAUAAGCAAGCUCUUUUCCAGGGCUAGAAGUUCCACUCUGCUACAGAAGGAGUGGGCUGCCUUGUUCAUCCAUAUGCAAGAACGCCAACAGAAAAACCCCACAACCCCCCUGCACUCUCCUAAUGCAAAGAGCGUGCCUCAACCAGGAGAUGUAUCCAUCCUUUUGUCAUCUUAUCAGACCAAGAGCAGCCAACUCCUGUUCAUCAUCUACUGUCUCUGAACCAUUUGCUAUUAGAAAUAACAAGUCAACAACAUGCUUUACUAAAGGGGGAAGCCCCCCUCACACCCACCUUAGCCUGUAAAAUAAACAAGUUUUAUUUAUGUAUGUACUAAAAUUUCACUCUUCUCUAACAUUGUCUAAAAUACUACCUACCUGAAAGAGUUCAGCUCAAAGGGACCAAUGGAGCAGGGAAAUGCACUCAAAAGCCAGAGAAAGCAAUAGUCAGUGCAAGGUACAAAAGAAACAAAGCUUCAGAAUCAAGAUGCACUAACCAGCUCACCGCUUACCUCAUGAAAAGGAGAUCCCAGGCAAUCUCCCUCCUCCUGCCUUCCUCCCUCCCACCCUCCCCCCAGCCCACCGUAUCAAACCUCUUAAAUUUAAGUGCGGAAAACUCUGUCACAUUUUAUUGAGCGUAGCAGCAUUCAGAACAUUCCCCAUGGCAAAAGGGAGCUUGCUUGUGAAGGACAAACAAGAUAACGCUGUUCAUCAUUUCAGUUCUGCAUAGUUUUCAGGCUCUCAAGGAAGACUUCUUUCAAUAAACCAAACAGAAAUUUGAGAGCAGUAACCAAUUUAAUGAUAGGUUCCAUGCAUUUGCGAUGCUGAAAGGUAACAAUCAUAGGAAAAGAACUUACUUAGCUGAACACUUCAGCAGUGGUACCCACAGCAACUAUCUGGUUUUCAGGUAAUGCAUGCAAGAUAGGUUUGGUCUCUGACACAGUUUUUUAAACCCAAGUUCCCUACUGCAGGCUGCUACAGGUAGCAGAAAAUGGGGCUUCCAGAACUUGAGUAACUGCAAAUAUACCCAAGGCUUUACUCUGAACACUACUCAGCUCAGACAAAUGAACAGAGUUUUCCUACAGAAAGUCACCUACAGUAAGAUUACAAGCAGUAAUAGUGAGCUAUUAAAAAGAAAAAAAAAAAAAAAA